UAGAAACACAAAAGACAAAAUCAUGGCGGAAGAAACCCUAGAUGAUCGUCUGAGUGACUUGCCGGACUCACUUCUACUUCAAAUUCUCUCCCUUUUGCCGACAGAAGAAGCAUUCACAACAUGUAUUCUCUCUAAAAGGUGGCAGUAUCUCUGGACUUCACUUGAUUCCUUCAUUUUCUCUCCUAGAUACUUCUUGGGAAGAAACAAAGGAUUUCGAUCAUUUGUUGACUAUGUAUUGUCUCAUUCCACUGCUUCCAAAAUUACAAAAUUUCAGAUCCACUGCAGUGCCCUGCAUAACUACAAGUCUCAAAUAAGCCAAUGGCUUACUUUUGCUGUUAAAAAAAAUGUACAACAUGUUGUACUCUAUUCUCCUCCUCCUUACAUAAUGUCUCAAAGUUUUUUCACUUGUUCGUCUUUGAUAACAUUGCAUCUUGCAGAAAGUUCCUUGGUUUCUAAUAUUGUUAUAGCUUGGAAGUCUCUAAAGACUAUAAAAUUGGAGGAAAUGGUGCUAGUCGAUACCGAAAUUAAGAAUUUACUAUCAGGUUGUCCUGCAUUGGAAACUAUAGUAUUUAAUAAUGUUGGGGGUUUUCGUCGUUUGGAAAUUAAUUCGAUAAAGGUAAAAAGCUUGAAAUUGGAAGGUUAUUGGGUGGAUGAUGGUGGUGAAAGUGAUCACUCAUUUGAAAUUUGUGUCCCGUAUCUUCAGCAUUUGGAGCUUUCGCAAGAUUUUCAUGAUUUCAAGUGUAGUCUUGUUGAUGCAUCCUCUGUGGUUAAUGCUAAGAUAACUUUCGACAUUACAUGUAUCAAAGAUCUGCACAAUGAUUAUGAUCAAUAUUCUGAUUCUGAUGAAGAGGAUGAAGAUAGUUGCAGUGAUUAUCAUCAAGCUUUUAAGACCCUCAUCCAAGAUUACCUUCAAAAGCUAAGUCGGGCAACCGAAUUAACAUUCGGAACUUUGUUCACUCAGGUCCUAUGCAUAUUGCAGUUCAAAGGAGUGCCAAUUCCAGAAUUGGAAUGCAAACAUCUAGUGCUGGAGUUGCAUUUGGAAAAGUUUAGUUUGUAUGGGGCAGCUGGCCUUUUGCGAGCCUCGCCUCUUGUGGAGACAGUCAACUUAGAAAUAGAAAAUCUGCCUUUUGAUGAUUCCAGGUGCUAUUUUGAGAGAGAAUAUUUGGUCAAAGGUGAUAGUAUUGAUUUGCAGAGUUAUAAUUCAAGCUCUGUGUUUCCCAACCUAAAGAAUGUUGAGAUUGUCAUCUCCUCUGGGAUGUGCAUGAAGGAGCAUCUCAACUGGGAAUAUAUCAGGAAGCUUUUCAAACUUUCAAACUUUUUGUUAAAGAAUGCAGUGGUUUUGGAGAAGUUCGUUAUCGUUUCAAAAAGACGAAGGUGUGAGAUUUGUGGAAUCAAGUGUGUGUCCCGAUUUUUAUCGCAAUUGGCUAGUAAAUUGAGAUCCUCUGCUGAGUUUGUGAUUGCCUAUCAAGAGCUUGUAGAUGUAUCCUCUGUGGUUAAAGCUAAGGAUAAUCCUUGUCAAGAUUCUGAUGAUGAGGAAGACAGUUGCAGUGAUUAUUAUCAAGAUUCUGAUGACGAGGAAGACUGUUCCAGUGAUUAUUAUUAUCAUGAUUCUGAUGAUGAUGAGGAUAAUUUUGAUCAAGAUUCUGAUGAUGAUGAGGAUAAUACCGAUUAAGAUUCUGAUGAUGAUGAGGAAGACGAGCCGUGAUUAUCAUCAAGGUUGUAAGACCCUCAUCCAAGAUUACCUUCAAAAGCUGAGUUGUGCAACCGAGUUAACAUUCAGCACUUGUUCACCCAGGUUUGUGAUGUUUGUCAUUAGUACCCUGCAUAUCCAAACAGGGAUGCUUUUGCUUAGUUGUACAUAACUUGGUGCUGUCAAGUUAUUAAAUUACAUGUCCUUACUAAAAAGCUAGAGUCCUUAUUUUUUCAGAUUUAUUCUAGCAGACAGUUUCAGAAUGUUAACAUUAUCAGAUUUAGUAAUUUUCAAUC